AUGUACGUUUUCAAAAGAGAUGGCCGUAAGGAGCCCGUGCGCUUCGACAAAAUCACCGCCAGAAUCCAGAGAUUGUGCUACGGCUUAGAUGCUGAACACGUCGACGCCGUUUCUGUCACCCAAAGAGUUAUCUCUGGUGUCUACCAUGGUGUUAACACUAUCGAGUUGGACAACUUGGCCGCCGAGACCGCUGCCUACAUGACCACUAUCCACCCAGACUACGCCAUUUUGGCUGCUAGAAUUGCAGUUUCCAACUUGCACAAGCAGACUACCAAACAGUACUCGCAGGUGUCCAAGAUCUUGUACGAGUACAUCAACCCUAAGACCGGUUUGCACUCGCCAAUGAUCUCCAAGGAAACUUACGACAUCAUCUGUGAGCACGCAGAUGAGUUAAACUCCGCUAUCGUCUAUGACAGAGAUUUCAACUACAACUACUUUGGUUUCAAGACCUUGGAGAGAUCCUAUUUGCUCAGAGUCAACGGUAAGGUUGCAGAGAGACCUCAACAUUUGCUCAUGAGAGUUGCAGUUGGUAUCCACGGUGCCGACAUUGAGCGUGUUAUCGAAACCUACAACUUGAUGUCUUCCAGAUAUUUCACCCACGGCUCGCCCACUUUGUUUAACGCUGGUACACCAAGCCCUCAGAUGUCCUCUUGUUUCCUCGUUGCCAUGAAGGACGACUCUAUCGAUGGUAUCUAUGACACCUUAAAGACUUGUGCUUUGAUCUCCAAGAGUGCCGGUGGUAUUGGUUUGCACAUUCACAACAUCAGAAGUACUGGCGCCUACAUUGCUGGUACUAACGGUACAUCCAACGGUAUUAUUCCUAUGGUGCGUGUGUUCAACAACACCGCCCGUUAUGUCGACCAAGGUGGUAACAAGAGACCUGGUGCCUUUGCCAUUUACUUGGAGCCAUGGCACGCAGACAUCUUUGACUUUGUUGACAUCAGAAAGAACCACGGUAAGGAAGAGAUUAGAGCUAGAGACUUGUUCCCAGCUCUUUGGAUUCCUGACUUGUUCAUGAAGAGAGUUGAGCAGAAUGGUGAAUGGACCUUAUUCUCUCCUAACGAGGCUCCUGGAUUGUCCGACGUUUACGGUGACGAGUUCGUUGCUUUGUAUGAGAAAUAUGAACAGGAGGGCCGUGGAAGAUCCACUGUCAAGGCACAGAAGCUUUGGUACGCCAUCUUGGAGGCUCAGACUGAGACCGGUACCCCAUUCAUGUUGUACAAGGAUGCCUGUAACGAGAAGACAAACCAGAAGAACUUGGGUAUCAUUAAGUCUUCCAAUUUGUGCUGUGAGAUUGUCGAAUACUCUUCUCCAGAGGAGGUCGCUGUGUGUAACUUGGCCUCUAUCGCCUUGCCUUCAUUCAUUGAGAAAGAUACCACUUCUUCUUGGUACAACUUCGACAAGUUGCACGAGGUCACUAAGGUUGUAACCAGAAACUUGAACAGAAUCAUUGACCGUAACUACUACCCAGUCGAGGAGGCUAGAAGAUCUAACAUGAGGAACAGACCUAUUGCUCUUGGUGUUCAAGGUCUUGCUGAUGCCUUCAUGGCCUUGAGAAUUCCUUUCGACUCUCAGGAAGCUAAGGAAUUGAACAUUCAGAUCUUCGAGACCAUCUACCACGGUGCAGUCGAGGCUUCAAUUGAGCUUGCUCAAGAGGAGGGUGCUUACGAGACCUACGAAGGCUCCCCAGCAUCUAAGGGCUUAUUGCAGUAUGACUUAUGGAACAGAAAGCCAUCAGAGUUGUGGGAUUGGGAUACUUUGAAGCAGAACUUGGCUAAGCACGGUUUGAGAAACUCAUUGCUUGUUGCACCAAUGCCAACUGCCUCCACCUCUCAGAUUUUGGGUAACAAUGAAUGUUUCGAGCCUUACACUUCGAACAUCUACUCUAGAAGAGUGCUUGCCGGCGAGUUCCAAAUUGUCAACCCACACAUGUUGAAGGACUUGGUGGAUUUGGGUAUUUGGAAUGAUGCCAUGAAGAACAACAUCAUUAGCAACAAUGGUUCCAUUCAGAGUUUGCCUAAUGUCCCAGACGAGAUCAAAGCCUUGUACAAGACGGUGUGGGAGAUCUCUCAAAAGCACAUCAUCGACAUGGCAGCCGACAGAGCAGCAUUCAUUGACCAGUCGCAGUCGUUAAAUAUCCACAUUAAAGACCCAACGAUGGGUAAGUUGACUUCGAUGCACUUCUACGGAUGGAAGAAGGGAUUGAAGACUGGUAUGUACUACUUGAGAACCCAGGCUGCUGCUGCUGCAAUUCAGUUUACUGUCGACAAGAACUCCGUUGGCGAUGCUCACAAGACUGUUGCUACUUUGGAGAAGUUGAACCAGAGAAAGUACAUUGCCAGAGGUUCCAGCAGAAGUGGCUCCGCUUCCCCCAACAUCAGUGCCGUUAGCGAGGAAGAAGCCCGUGUGGAGUCUACGGCCCCAUCGUCGUUGGAGAACUCUGUUGCGGAGUUGAAGCUCUCAGAGAGCGACUCCUCCGCAGAGCCUGCAGCUUCAGAAGAUACGGAGGGGGAUAUCUUCAGCUCCAAGGUCAUCGCUUGCGCAAUCAACAACCCAGAGUCUUGUACCAUGUGCUCUGGUUAA